UGUGGGUCACAGAGCUCGUCUUUGAGUUUUAAGCAUUCAGAGCUAAAACUAAAGGCGUUUUUAACAGGUUUUACUGUUGCUAUGGUAACCUAUUAUAUAGAAAAAGGACGACUAUAAUUUGUUUACCAAUGAUCGGGCAUUUGAGUGAUACCAUUAUUGCAGGAUCAUAUGACAAAUAGUGUUAGUAUUGAUCCACCAAAACAGAAGUGAUAGAAAGAGCAGGAAACUAUUUCAAAUGAACUCAACAGGCUAGAAAAUCCCAACUGGCGGAGGCAGACUAGUUGGCUAUUACAAGUAUGAGCGAGGGGUUGAACUAGGGUCUACCGAGAAACAACUCCAACUUAGUGGUCAGAGCGGGACUUGAACUCGCGACCUCCGGAUUUCAAGUCCGACGCGCCGACCACUCGGCCGUACUACUCGCCAAAUCAAGAACAAAUUCCAUGCUUGAUGAUUUUUUUUAUUCUCAUGGCCUGUUUGUUUGGCACUGUAUUUCUGCUGUAGGGAGAAAAUUAAACCUUGGUCAAAAAUAUAGCUCUCUUGCCUGAUCUUUCCUCAGUUACUUCCGGGAUAACAUAAUUUAUGUUUACGAUGCAAUAAUUACUCUGACCAAACAGGCAACACAAUCUUCUAGCUGUGAUUAUUCCAUAAGAAAGAAAUUGGAUCGUGGAAGAUUUCUUCCUUCGAAAGCGGACAGAUGAAUCUACUGCCUUCCUUUAUCAUCUUACUUGUGGCAGUGGGAUUAACCACGCCCUCCCAGCGAACACCUGUUUACAUCGGUGGGUUCUUUCCUUUGAGUCCAAACAAGGCCUCGGUACCAGGACAGGCACUUCUGGCUGCGGCUGAACUGGCACUAGAUCACGUGAACAAGUCUGAUAUAUUGCGAGAUUACGAGCUAAGGAUGAUUGUCAAGGAUUCAAAGUGUGAUCCAGCUUAUACUGCCAACAUGUUCAUGGACUUGUUGUCACAGCAACCAGACAGUUUAAUGGUGUUUGGAGCCGCAUGUUCCGAUGUCACGGAAAUUUUAGCCGAGAUGUCAGCAUACCGGAAUUUAGCACAGAUAUCCUACGCUUCAAGAUCGCUGGCGCUAUCAAACCGCGAAAAGUUUCCAACGCUGUUCCGCGCCUUGCCCUCCGAGUCUGCGCGAAACCUGGCUAGAGUCGCGUGGAUAAAACAUUUUGGCUGGGAACGGAUUGCCACCAUGUUUGAAAAGACAAGCAGCGAUCUGGCUUCUCAGUCCAAUAGUCAAGUCAUAAGAGAACUAAAGGAAAUAAACCGAACAGUUCUUCAAUCAGAAGAAAUCACCGGGCAACACAUUGAUCUGGACAUGAAAACACUUGUGCGGAAUGACGCAAGAAUCAUUGUUGGAACCUUUUAUGAAGCCAAGGCUAGACAUGUCUUCUGUCAGGCUUACAAGUCAGACCUGUUUGGAGCUCGUCACGUUUGGAUUUUGAUUGGUACAUACACUCACGAGUGGUGGUCGGUCCCAGAUCCCUCUCUACGAUGCACCAAAGAAGAAAUGAGGAAGGCUGUUGCGUACACUUUCAUAUUUAACAAUCAAAUCUUCGUGAGUGAGGACAAGAAAGGGACGCAAAACAAAACCCUUUCAGGACUGAUAUCCUACGCUUCAAGAUCGCUGGCGCUAUCAAACCGCGAAAAGUUUCCAACGCUGUUCCGCGCCUUGCCCUCCGAGUCUGCGCGAAACCUGGCUAGAGUCGCGUGGAUAAAACAUUUUGGCUGGGAACGGAUUGCCACCAUGUUUGAAAAGACAAGCAGCGAUCUGACAACAAGGCAAUUUUACAAGCAAUACAAAGAAGCGUUACAGAGGCGAAACUUAUCAUCUGCGCCCAACAUCACGGCGUACACAUAUGAUGCCCUGUGGACAGUAGCUGCCUCCCUGAACAAGUCCAUCCCUACACUGGAAGCUAUGGGACUUAAAUUACAAGACUUUUAUCAGAAUAAAACAGCAAUGACAAGAUUAUUUGUGCAGACAAUUCAAGAUAUCCAUUUCCUUGGGGUAACGGGAGAAGUGGCGUUCUUUUCUGAUGGUGAUCGAUAUGAUGGAAUGGUGGAAAUCCUUCAACAACAUCCAGAUGGACAUGCAGUACCUGUUGGUUACUACGACGCACGCGUAAGAGAACUGCGGCUUGUUGGAGAGGGAAACUUAUGGCCAGACGGUAAGAUUCCUCUCGACAAAACCAUCACAGUAACAAAGUUUGUCCAGAUGCCCGUGUGGCUGAUCAAAUUAACAAGUGUACUCAGCUUUCUGGGGAUUGCUCUAGCACUGUUUUUUCUGGGAUUUAAUUUGCGUUAUAGGAAGAAAAGAUAUAUAAAACUGUCAAGUCCAAACCUCAAUAAUGUCAUUCUUCUCGGCGGGAUCACGAUGUACUGCACUGUGUUCAUGUACGGCUUGGAUGGCCGGCUCUCGCCACUCGGCUACAAUUACGUUUGCAGAGCACGAUUUUGCUUGCUGUCGCUGGGAUUCACGGUAGGAUUUGGAGCCAUGUUCUCCAAGACUUGGCGAGUUCAUCAAAUUUUCACGAAUAUCAAGAAAAUUAAAAAGGUGGUACGUGACUCUGACUUGUUCCGCUUGUUAGGAGCGCUAGUGUUUGUUGAUGUGCUGUUGUUGGUGAUCUGGAUGAUUCUGCACCCACCCAGCAGACAGGUUAUCAGUCACACCGAUGGAGUUCAGGGGAUUUCUGACGAUCGUGAUCACAAGACAGUUCUUUACCGGGAGGAGUGCGUAGGGCCUCAUUUCACCGUGUGGAUCAUCGUGUUUUACACUUUCCACAGCCUGUUACUCAUCUUUGGAUUGUUCCUUGCAUUUGAAACCCGCAAAAUCUCCAUUCCAGCUCUAAAUGAUUCUCGUCUGAUCGGCAUCAGCGUGUACAAUGUGGUUCUGUUGUGCGCAGUGGGUGUCCCUGUGUCAUUUUUCACCAACAGCCAUCCCACAGUCAGCUUUUCCCUAAUCUGUGCAGUCAUUUUGUUUUGUACCACGUUGACGCUCGGGAUUCUGUUCGUGCCUAAGGUAAGGACACCUGAGGGGGUGCUUCCAAAACUCAAAGUCGAAACACAUAUUCAUUUCAACUGCUGAAACCGAAAAAAAGCCCAUGAGGCGCUAGGAAAGCCAUAUUUUUUGUAAAAUUUGUCCCUGUGCAGUGGAACGUCGCCU